AUGGCGGACCACGCCGACGCAACCAAGAAAGACGGCCGUAUUCCCUCUCCGCUGCACUCCCUUGCCAGCUCGACAGCUUCAUUGGGACGCUCUCCGCCGCCGGCGCUGAAAAUGGCGUCCAGCCCAGAUCCCCGCUCGCAUCGGGGAAGCUUCGCAGAGCAGAUGAGAGGCACCCCGUCGUCACCUCGCGCGUCGCGGCAGCCCUCUCUCACACAAUCGGCGCUCCAAGAGCUGCUGAACAAUCCGCCUACCAAGGGCGGCGAUGCGAAGUUCCAGUCUCGCGAUUGGAGCUCGGUGCGACUGGGCGAGCUUGUGGAUCCCAGCUUGGUGAGGUUUGUCGAGUACGACACGAGCGUCGAGGAUGCCACCAGUAUUCUGGUCCAACAUGGCGCCCCCAAUGUCAUCCUGCUGCGUGACACCAAGGACACACGCUACGCGACCGGCACCUUCGACUACAGCGACCUCAACGCCUACCUCCUCCUCGUGGUCGGCCUCGCGCACCCCGACGAGGAAGACGUCGCCUCCUUCGAUGAGUUGGCCAAGAAGGGACGCGAAGGAAAGCCGAUUCCGCUGCGGGACGUCAAGGAGGUGGGCAACAAGAAGGAGCCGCUGAUAACGCUGCCACACACAGCCGACCUGACCAAAGCUAUCGAGGUGUUUGGUAGCGGCGUACACAGAGUCCUGGUGGCCGAGGAGGGCACGACGGACGUCAUUGGGGUGCUGACGCAGCUCCAGCUGGUCAAGUUCUUUUGGGAGAACAGGCAGAGCUUCCCAGACGUUGACCAGCUGUACCCGCGACUCAUAAAGGACCUGGCCAUUGGCUCCAAAACUGUUUUGGCCAUCAACGGCGACAAGCCUCUUGCAAGCGCCCUCGAGCUCAUGAACAACGAAGGCGUCUCCUCACUGCCUGUCCUCGACGCCCAGAACAACGUCAUUGGCAACAUAUCCCAUGUGGACGUCCGACUCCUCACCAAGUCCACAUCGCUUCCCCUCCUGCGAUCCUCCUGCAUCCAUUUCAUCUCCGUAAUCCUUUCCGAACGCGGCAUGAACGACGGCAAGGACUCGUUCCCUGUUUUCCACGUGAAUCCCUACAGCACACUUGCGCACACCGUUGCGAAGCUCGUGGCAACACGCUCACACCGCAUGUGGGUUGUCGACAGCCCAUCGCCCUCGUCUUCGGGUCCACCAACGCCCGCACUGCAACCCGCGUCUCUUGUUCCGCCGUCACCCAUCACACCUCUCCCAGCAACGCACAUUGGUCCCACGCCGGUCAAUUCCACGUCUCCUACACACCUUGCUGGAACGGGGGCAGUGGCACCCGCCAUCUCUGCAUCCGCCAUCAGUGGCGCCAGUCUGUCUGGCAGGCUAAGUGGCGUCAUCAGUUUGACGGAUGUCUUGAACCUGUUUGCAAAAGCGAGCGGGCUGCAUCCCCACGAUCCGGACGAGGCAAGGCGUGCGCGGCGGAGAAGCAGCUCAAGCAGUAUGCGGAGAAGCAUGGACAGUGCACGAAGUGAGAGUGUAUCUGCCAUCGCCGGUCGUCGCGGCAGUGUCAAUGAGCGAGAAAAGAAUGUCCAAGGGCUGGGCAUUGCGCGAGGUCGUGGAAAUGCCUGA